AUGUGUUGGAAACCGCAAGGCGCAAUACUGAGGCUGAGCACUCACUUGACCGUCAUGAGGCUGAAAGAUUGGAGCAGCAGCAACAUAUUUAAUGUCUGUCUUUUCUUGAGAGGAAGUGCAUUUCUUUAUCUACUACUUUCUACACGCUGUCACUCUCUGUUCAUAACAAUGCCGAACCGAGACCGACCCGAUACGGACAGCCUGGCUGAGGCGAUGGGAAGAACUAGCUUGGGCGAUAUUACAGAGCCUGAGCAACUACUUUUCAACCCUAGCCCACGCGGUGGGGCAGAUCAAUGCCUGAAAGAUAUUCCCCGCUACCUUUUCCGAGUUGUUGCUCCUAAAUCUGAUGGAGAUACAAAUGGGACAUGGGCUCAUUCAAAGUCUGCCCACGAAAAGAACAUUACCUCUACUCAAGAUGUUUUCUCAUUCCUGGGUGGCACAAAUCAGCAUACCAAAGCUUUUGAACUUACCGUGCACCUUCAAUGGUAUGGACACCGUUAUACCGUGGAAGACAAUUUCGUAUCAUGGACUAGCUCAUUACUCUUCGCAAUUCAGUUCAUCUACUAUCGACGUUUCAGCGAGGACGAUAAGCCGAGUUGGAAUGAUAUUAAGUUGUAUGUCAUCGACACUACGUGUUUCCCAACCGGAACAUUCAUGCGUGACUUGGAUCUUAUUCAGUCCUUCAGUGGAGUUGACAACCAUAAAUCCGACAAGAACAAUAGCCCUAAGUACUGGAACCUGAGAAGCCUAUACUCUCUUCGCACCGACAAAGGGUACUAUUUUGGCGAGUAUCUUUCUCAGGGAUCACUGAAGAUCGAGAACAGAUCCCAGAUGAUACCUGCGAACAUUCUGUUCGAGAAUGAUCGAUUGCGUCGUCUACAGCCUAAAUUUGCCGGUCUCUACAGCGCACGAGGAGAUCCAGACCCAAGAUUGGCAGACGCAGUGAUAAAUCUUCGCAAAGAAAUCUGGUCAGAAACCACCCCACUACUAUCUCCGUCAGAACUGCACAACCGCUUGCAAGCUGUCAAAGAAAUCGUGGAUAAUGUUGCACCUGGUUGGAGAUUCCCUCUUGGGAUCUACCUCGCAGCACUCAUCGGCCCCGCGUCGGAAAUAGAAAGGCAACCCUUUCCAAAUUAUAACACGCUCUUCGAAUAUUUCCGAUCCGGGAUCUUGGAUGAUCAAGAACACUCAGGAUUGGAGCCUUCCCUUUUCAACGUGACUUCACGAGGCUCACCUGAAAUGUCUGAGCAGAAGCAUGUCCAAGCCCUGGUUCGUGGGACAUACAGGCAUUUUAAGUUGACACAAGCGCUAGUUUACUUGGAUAAAAUCAAACGGAAUAUCCGCAGCUUAAAUGAGAACAAUCUAUUCCGGGAACACGAAGUUGCUGCUGCUGCUGAAAUAACAGAAUGCUUGGCACGUGCUGGCCAGGUCUUUUCGAGUCCGAGCAAGGUAUAG